UUUAUGCCUAUUCCAGAAUCUUAGUCAGUUUUCGUGUUAUGAGGGCAGCAGAGAGGAAGCGUCCAGAUCACAUCUUGGGCUUUAUUAGAGGAAGGGACUAAAGCUUGGCAGGGUGUUCUGAAACUUCAGCAUUGUUCGUUUUGUGUGCUUGGCUUGCAGAUUGUGGACGUUUGGCCAUUACGUAGAGAUGAACAUUAUUUGACCGUGGCUAUCAGCUUGUAGUGAUUCUCAAACCUCAGACUACAGUGCACUUACACCUUCUCUGUGACCAUGUACAGCAGCGGCCUCUCCAAAGUCUCCAAACACGGACCACAGGGUCAAAACAAGGUGUAUCGCUCGAAAGGCAAGAGCUGCAGCUACUACUACUUCUUCUUCUCGUCACUCAUUCAGUCUCUCAUCAUAGUCAGUCUCGUGCUCUUUCUGGUCUAUGGUACGACACACGACUCGGCGUCAGAGGAUCGGAUCCUGGACCUGGAGCAUAGCUUCAGCCGCCUGUCCAUGGAGAAUGUUGCCCUAAAGCAGCAGAGGAAAAACCUGACCAACUUACUCAAUGCCACCAUGACUGCAAAGGCUAGCAAUGAUUUGGACCUGAUCAAACUGCGUCAGACCUGCAACUUGACAGUUCUAUAUCUUCAACACUUUGAAAAGCUGGUGCAAAAGUGUCAAAGCGAAUUGGAUGCUUGUACUUUUAAAUGUUACUCUAGCAACCUGAUGCCACCACCAUAUGUAAGAAACUGUAACUGUGGGGAUGACAGUGAACGUCUUAAAGCCAAGUUUGAGGUUGUGAUGUCCAACUUCACCCAAACAACUCAGAUGAUGAGGUUGGAAAUGGACCAGACUGCCAGAGAUAGGGACCGCCUUAGCUUGGAGGCCAUUAGUCUGAGGAGGGAUAAAUCAACACUAGAAAAACAGUUGGAGUUCUCCAAGGAAAAUUCAAGAGAGGAGUUUUCCAAGACUCUGAGUUCUGUCUCCAGUGUCUCCAAGGCUUUCCUGCAAAAGAUCGAAUCUCUCUUCCCUGCCCACAUAGUCUUCCAGCUCACUUGUCCAAAGCAGAGGGAACACCUGGAGCAGAUCCGCUCCAACUGCACCAGCCUAUCCAGAGAAGUGGAGGAUAAACUUCAGAAUUACCUCAACAACGUGGGUAGGCUGUUCACAGACACCCAGGCAGAGAACCACCGCUUGAAGGCAGAAAACUGGCGUUUCUCUGAAGACUACCGCUGGUGUAGCCAGAACCGCACUGGCCUGAUUCAGCAGCAUGGACGGAACAUGGAAGGCCUUCAGCAGAAACAUGAUCAGGAGAAAGAGAAAAUCCUGUAUGAAAAGCUGAGGCUAAUUGGAGAGAUAGAUGUCCUGAGCAACACUGUCACAUAUAAAAAUAAAGAGAUUGAUCACCUAACAGAGAAAAUCAGGUAUCUCAACAUGUCAUGUUUGCAAAAGCCAGGGCUUAGAAUGGGAGUUGGACAGCCACCUCAGCCAGUAAUGCCGAGUCACUCUGCAUCACCUGGAGGAGGCUCCUCAAGUUCCUUCCCCUCCCUUGGGUCGAGUCUAAACCUGGGCUCGACUGGGUCAGCAUUUAAUAAGCCUGCAUCACCUGGAGCAGGCUCCUCAAGUUCCUUCCCCUCCCUUGGGUCGAGUCUAAACCUGGGCUCGACUGGGUCAGCAUUUAAUAAGCCUGCAUCACCUGGAGCAGGCUCCUCAAGUUCCUUCCCCUCCCUUGGGUCGAGUCCAAGCCUGGGCUCAACUGGAACAGCUCUCAAUAAGCCAGGAUCUGGAGGAGCUUCCUCAACCUUUGGAUCAACAGGGUCAAAUCCAAAUCUAAACUCAGGUGGGCUAGGUUUGAAUAAGCCAACAGGAUAUGGUCUGAGCCAUGGCUCAUUCGGGUUAGGCUCAAAUAAGCCAACAUCGUCUGCUGGAUCAACUGGAGCAACUGGGGCAAAUGGAUCAGCUGGGUCAAUGAGUAAAAGUGGACCAUCCAACUCUGGAUUUAAUUGGCUGGGGACUGGGAGCAGUAACCCAGGACAAAGUAAGCCAGGAAGUGUACCAGGGAGAGGAACAUCAAGUGGAACUGGAUCUUCAUUUGGUACAGGAAGGACGAGUGGAGUGGCGAAUGCCCCAACGGCCUUUAGUCAGCACAUUCAAGAUGUACAACGCCAGCUCAACGCUCCUGGCCCAGAGGACAAACAAAGUGAAAGAACAAUGGGUUAGACCUGAGAUGAAAAGUAUUUUUGUUUUUCAAAAUAUUCCAUUUCAUCUAUCUGUCUUAAAGCAAACUUUUGUUAAUGUCUAGCAAUAAAUAUACUGAACAGUUAUGACAGAUAAUACAGUAUAUCAAUAUGCAUGUAUGAAGUAAUUUGAAUAACUUUUGCACUUUUGACUUUGAAAUGUGAAGUUUUUGGCUGAUACAUGACUUUACACUGUACUUAACCAAAGAAUAAAUAAAGUCUUUGUUUGAACUUAACCUCA